GGAGAGGUUGGUGGGGCAGAAUAAAUGCUCCCCCAGCCCCGAGGGCCCUACACGGUGACCAUUGGAAGGAGGAGGAGGAGGAGGAGAAGAAGAAGCUGACCUCUCACUCUCUCUCUCUCGCUUUGCUUUCUCUCUUAAUGAUCCGAUUCCGCCAUUAAAACCAUCAUCAAGAAACAGAGGAAGAGAGCAAAAAAACAGAGGAGAAGUGCUUAUGCACGUGCUUCAGCUUUCCCCCCUUCUUCUCUUCUUCAUUCAUAUAGAAAUUGGUCUUUUCCACUUUUUCUUUUUGCAAUUUUUUUUUGCCCACUAUUUUAUUUUCUGCCAUUAAUAUUUGCCCCACCCCCCUCUGCCUCUCUGACCCCCCUCUCUCUCUCUCCCCCCUCUCUUCUCCCUUUCCAGCUCAAGGCACCAGCGCUUCUGCCCAUUUCCUCUGUUUCUUGAAAUCGAGGGGCUUCUGGGUUCCUCGGAGUUCCCGAUCCUCGGUUGCUGGGUUCCUCCUCGCAGUCAGAGUUCACUCGAAUUGGAGCACGACGCCGGCUGAAUUUCUUCGCCACUCAGCUGCAUUGCAGCCGUAGCAGCUGACCCAGAAUGCUGCUGUUCACUUGCGAUCUUGAUGUUGUGUUCCAAGCACUCGAGCAGAGCAUGUCCUUCCCGAAUUGAGCCGACAGCCUCCGCCGACAAUGCCGAACGGGUAGGCCCUGCCGUUCAAUUACACGCAUUGUCUACAUUUCCCCUGUUAUGAGAGCAUGAGAGGACUUGCCCGCCGGAACCCUCCUCCUCAUGCUCUCUUGCUUUUGAUUACUUGCUUUGCUCUGUCGUUGGGUACGGUCUCCCCGGAGACUGAGACUGAGGUCUUGCUUCAGUUCAAGGGCAACAUCACGAGCGACCCGAAUAACGUUUUAAGUUCUUGGGUCCUCGGCCGCGACCCGUGUAACUUCACCGGCGUCUCCUGCAAUGAUGCUGGGUUUGUGGAGAAGAUAGUCUUGUGGAACACUAGCCUUGCGGGUGUCCUGUCCCCAGCUCUCUCAGGUCUUGGAUCGUUGAGAAUCUUGACAUUGUUCGGCAAUCGAUUCUCCGGCAAUAUCCCGAGUGAGUACGGAGGCAUUCAGUCGCUGUGGAAGAUCAAUGUGAGCUCCAACGCUCUCUCGGGGUCCAUCCCUGAGUUCUUGGGCGGGUUACUGAACAUUCGGUUCCUCGACUUAUCCGACAACGGUUAUAUCGGGGGUAUUCCGCCGGCUUUGUUCCAAAACUGUUCCAAGACCAGGUUUGUGUCUCUGUCUCACAAUGGUCUCUCAGGUUCCAUCCCAGGAUCAAUUGCCAAUUGCUUGCAUCUGGAAGGGUUCGACUUUUCGUACAACAACCUGACCGGGGAAAUCCCUUCAGAAAUUUGUGGUAUCCCGAGUUUGGGAUUCCUGUCUUUGAGGAGUAACGGUCUCAGUGGGAACCUUGAACAACAGAUAUCGGAAUGCCUAGGCUGGAACCAUUUGGAUCUUGCUGAUAAUAAGUUCAGUGGGUCAGCUCCUUUCGGGUUUCUAGAAUUGAGGAACAUCUCCUACUUUAACAUUUCACACAAUUCCUUCAUCGGGCAGGUCCCUGAUCUCAGCUUGUGCAGUGAGAGUCUUGAGUUUCUGGAUGCCUCAUGGAACGACUUGGGCGAUAAGGUCCCUUUUAGCAUUAGCAGUUGCAGCAGCUUGAAGUUUCUCGAUUUAAGUUUCAAUUCAAUCAGCGGAACAAUUCCUGUUACAAUUGGGAGCAUGAAGGAGCUUUGGGUGAUUAGGUUUGGUAACAAUUCAAUCAGCGGAACAAUUCCCAAUGAAAUUGGAGACAUUGAGCUGCUUCAGGUGUUGGACUUGCAAAAUCUCGGACUUGUAGGAGAAAUCCCACAGAGUUUAAGCAACUGCAGAUUUCUUCGCGAGCUGGAUAUUUCCGGUAAUCUAUUGGAUGGGGAGAUUCCUCCAACAUUAUACAAUAUGACAUAUCUUGAAGUUCUUGAUCUUCAUAGGAACCGUCUAAAUGGAACCAUUCCUGAAACCCUUGGGAACCUCUCAAAGCUCCAGACUCUCAACCUAUCACAGAAUUCUCUUUCUGGCCCGAUCCCUUCAUCCCUAGGUAACUUACAAAUUUUGAAACAUUUUAAUGUCUCCUACAACAACCUCUCAGGUGAGAUUCCUGCAGUCCCAACAUUCCAAGCAUUUGGUUCAUCUGCGUUUUCCAACAACCCGGGCUUGUGUGGGCCCCCACUGGACGUAGCUUGCUCAGGAACUGGUGGUGGGGCACUUCCGUCAAAACGGAAGCCUAAAGUGCUCAGCGUAUCUGCUAUAGUGGCGAUCGUUGCAGCUGCUCUGAUCAUUACUGGUGUUUGUGUGAUAACAAUAGUGAACUUUAGGACCCGAAGAAGAAAGGUCGAUAAUAAUGAGGUGGAAAUCGUAGAAAGCACUCCUUUGGGCUCAACAGAAUCAAAUGUUAUCAUUGGAAAGUUGGUUCUUUUCAGCAAAACUCUGCCUUCUAAGUAUGAGGAUUGGGAGGCUGGGACUAAGGCUCUACUCGACAAGGACUGUCUGAUAGGUGUCGGAUCAAUCGGGAGAGUUUAUCGGAGCAGCUUUGAGGGCGGGGUCUCAAUCGCAGUGAAGAAGCUUGAGAAUAUCGGGAGGAUCAAGAACCAGGAUGAGUUUGAGCAGGAGAUUGGACGGCUUGGGAACCUUCAACACCUGAACCUAGUUCAAGUUCAAGGAUACUACUGGUCCUCAUCAAUGCAGUUAAUUUUGACUGAAUUCAUCCCGAAUGGGAACUUGUAUGAUAACCUUCAUGGGAAUAGUUCUUACCCGGGCACAAGCUCUCGUGGUGGGGCUGGUGAGUUGUAUUGGUCUCGGAGGUUCAAUAUUGCUCUAGGAACGGCCCGGGCGCUCGCUUACCUUCAUCACGAUUGUAGACCACCAAUUCUUCACCUCAACAUCAAAUCCCACAACAUACUGUUGGAUGAAAAUUAUGGGCCCAAACUGUCCGAUUAUGGUCUCGGGAAGUUGCUUGCCCUUCUGAACAAUUACGGGCUCACAAGAUCUCACACUGCAGUGGGUUACGUUGCACCGGAGCUAGCCCAGAGCCUGAGGGUGAGCGAGAAGUGUGACGUGUACAGCUUUGGGGUGAUCUUGCUGGAGCUGGUCACAGGCCGGAAGCCCGUUGAGAGCAGGGGACCUAGUGAAGUGGUUGUUUUGUGCGAGUAUGUGAGGAUGUUAUUGGACAGUGGGAGCGCCUCGGAUUGCUUCGACCGGAGGUUGAGAGGGUUUGACGAGAAUGAGCUGAUACAGGUCAUGAAGUUGGGAUUGAUUUGUACAGCAGAUAUGCCGUUGAGGAGACCGAGCAUGGCCGAGGCAGUUCAGGUCCUUGAGUCCAUAAGGAACGGACUAGAACCAUAGGGGGCCUAAACCGUUUAACUGGGAGAGUUUAGGGAAGAUGCAAAGGUCGACCCGGAUUGAUUCUGACUGUGAAGUUAUCUGUGAAAAGGUACAAAGAGAUAGUCAUUAGAUUUCUGGUUGGUUGUGCAGAGGGAACAGAAGGGAAAUUGAUUCCUUAACACAGAAUUUAGCAUUCUUUUGUAUUGUUUCAUUAGCUGCUCAUCAUCAUUAUCAUCAUCAUCAUCAUCAUGAGGUUGUUCUUUGACAUUUAUUUCUUUUUUUUCGAAAUAAAAUCGAUUCAUUUGUGUACCCUGCUUGUUCGUCUAUGUUGAAUAAAUAAAACUGGCAAGUUCAUCGA